CAUGAAGAAUCAAAUUUUCAUGAACCUGAUUUUUUAAUAGACGAAGAUGUUUUGGUCGUAGCAGUAUCUUAUAGAACUGGGAUUCUUGGGUUUUUGAAUACAGGUGAUGACUAUGCUCCAGGAAAUAUGGGAGCCAAAGACGUCCUUAUGGCUCUUAAAUGGAUAAGGAACAAUAUUACGCUUUUCAAUGGUGAUGUCAAUAAAGUUACGUUGGCAGGCUCCGGUAAUGCUGCAACGAUUGUAGCUGCUAGUCUACUGUCUUCGUCCGCAGAGGAUUUGUUCAAUAGGGUUAUUGUACAGAGUGGAAGUGCAUUAUCGCCGGCUGAUUUUGGGCAAUACAGUUCCGAGUUACUCAAUAAAAUUUACUGGAGACUAAACGGGCCGUUUAAUAAGUUGAACCGUUGGAGGUUGUACGAAUUACUCGAAAACGUCUCGUUAAAAGAUCUGCAAGACUUGUCUGAAGAUUUAUUCGAUAGUACAGAAGUAAGGAAUCGCCAAAGACUGAUAAACUCAUUCGCUCCAUCAAUAGAAAUAUCUCAAAAACAAGCGUUCAUAAGUAAAGCUCCGAUUGAAGUUUACAAACGAGGCAUGGCGAACAACGACGUUGACGUAAUGAUCGGAUAUACAAGUUUGGAGGCCCUUCUCAAAUUGAAGGGUUUUGUUAACAACAAAAAGCUCCUAAAGUAUCUCAAUUAUAACUUCCAAUACUUGUUGCCAUUCGAGGGACCGCCAGACGAGUACGGAGAUAAAAGAUAUAGGAAGAUACAGAGGAAGAUAUUGGAUUUUUAUUUUGUUAAUGGAACAAUUGGAGAUGGGAGUCUUCGCCGAUAUGCGAGAUAUGUUUCUGAUCAAGUUAUCUACCCAUUGCUGCGACAGGCCAAACUUCACGCUUCGGCGUCUUGUAGCAAUAUUUACUUGUACCGGUUUGCUUUUAAAGGAUCCUUGAACAUUGGAUGGGAUUCCCUCCGUCUAAAUUAUUCGGGCGCCACGACUGGAGACGAAAUCUGCUAUCUAUUCAAAUGUAAAUCAGUAAACGAGGUCUACAGAAGUGUUGAGGCGUCGAAUGAAAGACAGUUCAUUAAGAAAAUUGCGAGGUUAUGGGCGAAUUUCGCUAAAUGCGGAAACCCAACACCGACAACAAACGAUGACGUAUUAGAGAAUAUUCACUGGGAUCCAUUGAAACCUGGCAAAAACCUUAAAGCUUUGAAUAUGGGCAAGAAAGUGAAGAUGGUGAAUGUACCUGAAGAAAAGAGAGUUAAGUUUUGGGAUGAAUUGAAGAAUGAGUUCUUCCCUGACUCAAAGUGGCACGAUGAACUGUGAAAAU